CUUCACAAAAAUAAUCGAAAAUAUAAAGCAUUCUAGAAUAGGUUAAAAUAUGACACCUCAAUAAAGGUAAUAAAAAGCAAAGCAAAAGAAAAAAAAAUUAAAUUACAUACGAAGAAAAUGCAUUAUUCUAUAAUUUAUAUUAUAUCCCCCAUUGAGGCAUUGAACCCUGUUUCAGUUCUAUAGAAUUGUAGACUCAUUUCAAUUCCUGAUCAAUUUGGCUCUCUAGUCUCCAGUCUUCUGUAAACUGGAAUUCCUUAAUUCUGGUGGGCUACGUAGUCCAAUCUAUUUUCAAACAACUAACUUUUUGAACUCCUUGAAUUCUUCCUUGUUAUCUUCUACCUAUUUGACCAAAUCUUCAUUUUGUCUAUACUGGAAAUUGAGCCAGGAAAGCCCAUUUCGUGAUCCUGACCGUUGUCGUAAUCGUCCAUAUAAUUUUCGUUUUUGGGUGUCUCUAAGAGAAAGCACCAGGUCUUCAGCUUCCCAAGGAAUCUGGUCGUGGCAGGUUUGCUGGCUGGUGUUGCAUUAAAUGCACUUUCAAUGAGUGUUCCAGGUAGUUGUUUGUGACUGAAAACCGAAGAGAUUUCAAAAUUUUGUGAAAGAGAAAAUGGUCAGUGGAACAAUAUUUCAUUGCAAGAAAAGCUCAUGGCCUCCAGAAGAGUAUGUGAGCAGAGUUACCUUGCAACUGCUAGAUUAUGAUAGUGCUGCUCCACCACGUCAAGCUUGGAGGAGGAGGUUAAAUAGUCAUGCUAACAUUCUAAAAGAAUUCAGUGUUACAUUUAUGGAAGCAAUUAAAAUGGUUCGGCUUGGUAUUCGUAUGUGGUCAUAUGUUAGAGAAGAGGCAUCUCAUGGAAGAAAAGCUCCGAUUGACCCUUUUAACAAAGAAAGUGCCAAGCCUUCAGCAUCUCAAGGAGUUCCGCUGGGUGGAAUGGGAAGUGGCAGCAUAUCUAGAGGUUUCAGGGGGGAGUUUAGACAGUGGCAAAUAUUUCCUGGUACAUGUGAAGCUUCUCCUGUCAUGGCCAAUCAAUUUUCUAUUUUUAUAACUCGAGAUGGAGGAAAUAAAAAAUAUGCAUCAGUUUUGGCCCCAGGGCAGCAUGAAGGCUUAGGGAAAUUUCGUGAUCACGGUAUAUCCUCUUGGGGUUGGAAUUUGAGUGGCCAGCAUUCAUCUUAUCAUGCUCUGUUUCCAAGGGCCUGGACUAUAUAUGAUGGAGAACCUGAUCCAGAACUGAAGAUCUCUUGCCGUCAAAUAUCACCAUUUAUACCUCAUAAUUACAAGGAUAGCAGUCUUCCUGCUGCUGUUUUUGUUUAUACGCUGGUGAACACUGGGAAGGAAAGGGCUAAAGUCAGCCUUCUUUUUACUUGGGCUAACUCUGUUGGAGGAAUCUCCCAUCUAUCAGGAGAGCAUGUGAAUGAACCAUUCAUAGGCGAAGAUGGCGUGUCGGGUGUUCUUCUGCAUCACAAGCAAGAAAAGGCUUCUAUUGAGAAAGCUAAGGACCUGCCGCCCGUCACUUUUGCAAUUGCUGCUAGUGAAACACAGAAUGUAAAUGUUACGGUCCUUCCAUGCUUCGGUUUAGGAGAAGGAAGUUGUAUUACAGCAAAAGAUAUGUGGUCAAAAAUGUCACAGGAUGGGCAAUUUGAUCGGGAGAAUUUUAACGCUGGACCAAGCAUGCCAUCCUUGCCUGGAGACACACUAUGUGCCGCAGUUUCAGCUUCUACAUGGGUUGAGCCUCAUGGGAAGUGUACUGUUGCUUUCUCUGUCGCAUGGUCUUCCCCUAAAGUUAAAUUUUUAAAAGGGAGUUCUUAUUUCAGGCGCUAUACAAAGUACUAUGGUACAUCUCUACGGGCGGCUGAGGAAUUGGCACACUAUUCACUCACUAAUUAUAAGCGAUGGGAGGAAGAAAUUGAGAAUUGGCAAGAUCCUGUGCUUAAGGAUGAUAAACUACCAGAAUGGUACAAAUUUACACUAUUUAAUGAACUCUAUUUUCUAGUAGCUGGUGGGACUGUUUGGAUAGACUCUGCCGAGCCAGUUAGAGUACUUGUAAAUGAUAAAAAGAAGCCACAAAAAGCCAAGACUAAGACUGUUACUUUCACUGCUGCAAAGGUAGAUUCUCAUGGUUUGGUUAUUGAGCAUAGAAAUGGAGAAAAUUGUGAGAAUGACAACGGAAAAGGGGAUGUUUCAAAAGAAGAGAUUGUUAUACCCGUGAAAAAUGCUGAGCCAUCAAGUUCUUUGGCAAAACCCCAGGAUGAAUCUGAUGAUGUCGGUAGGUUUCUUUAUCUGGAAGGUGUUGAAUACAUUAUGUGGUGUACAUAUGAUGUACAUUUCUACGCAUCUUUUGCGCUGCUGGAUUUGUUUCCGAAAAUUGAACUUAGUAUUCAACGUGAAUUCGCUAAAGCUGUCUUAUCUGAGGAUGGGAGGAAAGUACGGUUUCUAGCAGAAGGAAACUGGGGAAUUCGUAAGGUAAGAGGAGCCGUUCCUCAUGAUUUGGGAACACAUGACCCAUGGAAAGAGAUGAACGCUUAUAAUAUACACGAUACAAGCAAAUGGAAGGACUUGAACCCUAAGUUUGUACUCCAGGUAUAUCGAGAUUUUGCAGCAACAGGAGACAUGUCGUUCGGAAUCGAUGUUUGGCCUUCAGUCCGUGCUGCCAUGGAGUAUAUGGAGCAAUUUGAUGUUGAUGGUGAUGACCUUAUAGAGAAUGAUGGAUUUCCAGAUCAGACAUAUGAUACUUGGACAGUUCAUGGUGUCAGUGCGUACUGUGGCUGUCUGUGGCUUGCAGCACUUCAAGCUGCAGCAGCAAUGGCAUUUCAAUUAGGCGACGAGGAGUUUGGUGAAAAAUGCAAGAGGAAAUUUGUGAAGGCUAAAUAUGCCUUUGAAACUAAGCUUUGGAAUGGUUCGUAUUUCAACUAUGAUUCUGGUUCAAGCAGUAACAGUAAAUCUAUUCAAGCUGAUCAAUUAGCAGGACAAUGGUAUACAGGUUCAUCUGGAUUACCUAAUCUCUUUAAUGAAGAUAAAAUUAAGAGCACCUUGCAGAAAAUCUUUGAAUUUAAUGUCAUGAAAGUUAAAGGAGGUCGGAUGGGCGCUGUAAAUGGAAUGCAUCCCAAUGGGAAGGUGGACGAGACUUGUAUGCAAUCACGUGAAAUUUGGACCGGGGUUACUUAUGGGGUGGCUGCUACGAUGAUUCUUGCCGGGAUGAAAGAGCAGGGCUUUUCCGCUGCUGAAGGGAUUUUUAUUGCUGGCUGGUCUGAAGAAGGAUUUGGAUAUUGGUUCCAAACACCGGAGGCUUGGACAAUGGAUGGCCAUUUCCGAUCUCUAAUAUACAUGAGGCCAUUGGCAAUUUGGGGAAUGCAGUGGGCAUUAUCUUUGCCUAAAUCAGCUCUCGAACCACCUAAAAUAAACAUAAUGAAUAGGAUUGAUAUCCAUGAUGUUAGCUCAAGAUCCGUUCACACAGAGCCAAGAGGAAAAAGGACCUCAAAAAAACCGAGGUGUUUUGGGAGCUCAGUGUUCAGUUGCACAUGUUAAAAUACGAUAUUGCUUUCUUCUAGCAGGAAUGUUGCCCGAUAUCAUACAAUCAUGAUUGGUGACAUCUGACGAUCCUGUAGAUACUCGCCUGCCUCUACGAUGCUUUGUUUUUUUGGUGGAUGGCAGGGAAUCCGAGCAAGAGUAGGAAUAACACAGCGGCUUUUGAUCAUGCGAUAUAAUUGGUUGAACGAACAACAUUGUGGUCCUUAAGAGCCCGCAUGAUUUUUCGAUAUAAAAUAAUGUUAUUUGUUGAUCCUAGUUUUGUUUUUCCGCGGGUCGAUUCUAAGCCGGAGGCCCAAGAAUUUGUCAAUGUAAUAUGAAAGGAACUCCAUUGAUGAUUUCUUUGAGUUUCAUUUUUGAGAGGAAGAUGAUUUCAUUUUAUAGUUUUCUCA